UAGAGGGUAUAUUCAAUGACGUUUGAUAAAUAGCACCGAAGAGCGAAGCUGAAGAGCGCAUCUCUUUGCUGGAAUCUGUUUUCCCUCGUCGUUGUUGUCGUCUUCAUCAUCAUCAUCGCUCAUCAAGAUGAAGAGGAAAGUUGAUCAGGAUUUCUCCAUUUCCUCCUCUGCAACCAAGAUUCGCCGUCUGGAUGCCGAUUUGCCGCCGAUUGAGGAACCCGAAGUAGCUCAGCAACCUCCGAUUAUUCCAGAAGUCCCCUCCCCUGCAUCGGAGAACCAGGAGAGGGCUCUUGUGUUAUUCAAGCCUGUGAAUCAUUCUCCGUUGUUUUCUCCUUCAUCUUUCUCUUUCACUGUCGAUUCUGACAUUGUUUCUGCAAUUAACACAGAUCAACGUCCUUGGUCGAGACAAUAUGUAGAGGAAGAAGCAAUAUGCAGAGACGAGAAUAACCGUGAUCGUUUGGCUCUUGUGCCAUGGGCACCCUCUCAAUUCCAGUCUGCCCCAGGUGCUCAAGAUUCGAAUACAGAGUUGAUGGAAGCUGACCAAAUGGAAGAAGAAGCAUCCAUGGAGGUAGAAGAACAAGAUUAUAGCAACUCAUCUAUACACCCAACGGCAACAAUGCAUUGUGAAUUAACGGAAACUGAGGGAUUACAGCCAUGGCAGCAACAACACUGCUUGAUACCUCAGCUUCCUCAGAACACUUCGACUCCCAUUUCUUGGACCCGGUAACAAGUUAACGCUGAUGAAUUCGUUGCCACUUUUUGCUCUCUUUAGUGGCAGGAACUUAUAGAACAAAGAUACUAGAUGAGAGAGUGUAUUUUAGAGAAGUGAAGUGGGUUUCACUCUUUGUACGCUUUUGCUUAAAUAUAUUGAGUUCCUUUGUUCCAUGUCAGAUUCGUGAUCAUAUUCUGGGAUGCGAAUUGGGAACCUUGGAUAACAAGAUGCGUAAUUGAGCUGUGCUGUGAUGUAAAUUAGUGCCUUUUUGGUCAAAUCAUCUUAAUUCUAAUCCGAAAUGAAAUGAGCAGCCUUGCCGGCUA